UUGGAAUAAUACCUGCGAUGAUGGAUUCCAAGAUUUUUACACACAUCAUGACGGUGGGAAUUUAAGACUUUUAGCGGAGGAAGGAUGACAAAGACAAUGGGAUACCGAGACUGGAGAUGGCAGGCGCGUUGGUGGCAUCAUUUCUUUCUCUUGUGGAGUAUAACAGACGCACAGACUCGUUACAGCAUCCCGGAGGAACUAAAACAGGGCUCUGUGGUAGGAAAUCUAGCCAAAGAUCUUGGUUUGGGACUGUCUGAGAUUUUCGAUCGUAAGCUGCGAGUCGCCUCUGAGGCCGGUAAGCAGUAUUUCAGUGUGGAUGCGGGGAAGGGCGAGCUGGUGGUGAAUGACAGAAUAGACAGAGAGGCUUUAUGUGGACAAAGCGCCAGCUGUGUGCUGCCUCUGCAGGUUGUAAUUGAAGACCCGUUACAACUGUUUCGUGUCGAGGUUGAAAUACAAGACAUUAAUGAUAAUUCGCCGAGAUUCCCAUCAAAUGAUAUCACAUUGGAAAUUGCUGAAUCUACGGUGGUAGGGGUUCGAUUCCCUCUGGAAAACGCCAUUGACCCAGACGUCGGCAGUAAUUCGCUGAAGUCGUACACUCUCAGUAAAGACGAAUGUUUCAGUAUUAGACUAAAAGAAGUUGCCGGUGGAAGAAAAGUCCCUGAAUUGAUUUUAGCAAAACUUUUAGACAGAGAGAAAAAGGCUGUUCAUAAGCUUUUGCUUACAGCUUUAGAUGGAGGCAACCCACUGAGAUCAGGCACCUCUCAAGUAACGAUUAAAGUCCUUGACAACAACGAUAACGUUCCAGCUUUUGAGAAAGCAUUGUAUAAAGUAUCUAUUAAUGAAAAUGCAGCGGAUGGUGCAAUAAUUGUACAAACAAAAGCCUCAGAUAUGGAUGAAGGUCAAAACGGAGAAAUAGAGUAUUCUUUUGGAGCGCACACAUCGGAUGCUGUUCUCUCCGUUUUCAGUAUUGAUCACGUAUCAGGAACAGUUUUUCUAAAAGGAAAUUUGGAUUACGAAUCAACUGAAAAUUAUGAAAUCGACAUAAGUGCGAAAGACAAAGGCAUUCCGAGAAUGGAGGGGCACUGUACUGUCCAUGUUGAUGUUUUAGAUUUCAAUGAUAACCCCCCAGAAAUAAUACUCACCUCUCAUCCAAAGCCAGUACGUGAAGACUCUCCUGAUGGCACCGUAGUAGCUUUAAUCAGUGCCCGAGAUCUGGACUCGGGUGAUAACGGUAAAGUCACAUUACAGCUCCACAAGAAAUGUCAAUUUUCACUAAGACCAUCGUUUUCACAAAAUUACGCGUUGGUUACCAGAGGUAUUUUAGAUCGAGAAAAUGUCUCUUUAUAUAAUGUUGAAAUUACAGCCACAGAUUCAGGCUCGCCUCCUCUGUUCAGUAAGAAAAUGAUACCAGUCAGCAUCACUGAUGUGAAUGACAACCCUCCUGUAUUCUCUCAGCCCUCCUAUAAUGUGUAUUUAAAAGAGAAUGGGGUACCAGGAUCUAUACUGUACUCAGUAUCAGCCUCUGACCUGGAUUUUGGUGAGAACGCUAAAAUCUCUUACUCUAUACUGGACUCUAAAGUGCAGGACGUUUCUGUCUCCUCGUAUGUUUACAUUAACUCAGAUAACGGCAGCAUAUACAGCAUGCACUCGUUUGACUAUGAGAAACUGAAGGUGUUUCAGAUUCAGGUUCAGGCAAAGGAUCAGGGCUCUCCGUCUCUCAGCAGCAACACCACCGUCCAUGUUUUUAUCCUGGACCAGAACGACAACGCCCCCUCUGUUAUUUACCCCUCCUCCGCUGUCCUGGGCUCCCUCUCUCACCAGAGGAUGCCCCGCUCCGCUAAAGCGGGUCACCUGGUCACCAAGGUGACGGCCGUGGACGCGGACUCGGGAUAUAACGCCUGGAUCUCCUACAAAGUGGCUGAGGCAACAGACGCCUCCCUGUUCACUGUCAAUCUGUACACAGGGGAGGUGAGGACUAAACGCGCUGUGUCCGAGCAGGACGACUCCUCUCAGAGGCUGCUUAUAGAGAUCAAGGACGACGGGGACCCGGUCCAGUCCUCCACCGUCACGGUGUCCAUCCAGCUGGAGGACGGUCUCCAUGAGCCCAUCUUAGACCUCCGACAGAAAGUGACCGAGCCCAGCAAGAAAACUGGGAGAAUCACCCUGUAUUUGAUUCUCUCUCUGGCCUCGGUGUCCGUGCUGUCUGUGGUGACUUUUCUCAUCUUAGCGGUUAAAUGCAUCAGGAGCAGCAGAAGCAGCGGUAGUUGCUGCAUGAGACAGGGGGACUAUGAUGGUUACAAGAACCCCAACAGAAACCUGCAGAUUCAGCUCAACACUGAUGGACCAAUAAAGUACGUGGAGGUCCUGGGAGGAGACAUGUUGUCUCAGAGUCAGUCCUUCCGGUCCUGUAUGUCUCCAAUGUCUCCAAUGUCCGAGUACAGUGACUUCACUAUGAUUAAGCCCAGCAGCACCACUGACUUUAAGGAGGUGAUCAGUGUCCUGGAUGCGUCUUUACCGGACAGCACCUGGACCUUUGAGAGCCAGCAGGUGAGCAGAUGACAGCAUUUACUUCUAAUAAUGAAAAUUAAAUGCCAUGGCUAUUUUUACCUAGCAAAA